AAGAGCAGCCUUUUGGCUCAAGAGGGUGCAGAGGGUGUAGGUUGACACGUGGCCUGAAGGCGCCCGCCCCUGCAUGGCUGAUGUCGAGGCGUCUCCCGCGCCACAGGAAGCGCGAUCGUCGCGUGGGGCUUCGGCGAGUUCAAUGAACGAGUUCCACUUGGCGGACGACGACCUGAAGGACCAUGUAAAAGCUGUCUUCCUCCUGCACUUUCUUCUGCACAGGGCUCCAGUGCAAGCGGUGGGGCGUUUCAAGGAUCCAGGCUUCUGUGCUGUCGCCCAGAAGCACCAGGACCGUCCGUUCUUUGUCCUGGUCAAGGUCGUAUUGGCCACGCUGUUCACUUUUGUUUUGCCCAGCAUCUAUGGAUUUACUAUAAUGGAAAAUCCAUGCGCCCCGGAGGAACUACUGUUCAAGGAAGGUGGUUUUAACGCAGAGGAAAUUUAUAAUGCAACGAGCUUCACUAAUCCAAAUCACUGGAAAUUUGAUUAUCAGGUCGAGUUUCAGAACACACGUGAGGUUGGGCUUGCAGGGAAGGGCUGCGAUGCUCAGGCAUUCAUGAGAUCUUGGAAGGCUCUGCUGAUCACGCCCACUAUGACCGUCUUCCUAUUGAUCCUGUACCAGGGGCUGCGCAUAAUCUCGCGGUCUACUCAUGCGAAGUUUGAGUGUUGGCUCAAAAAGACGAUGAGGUCCGAGGUGGAAGCAUUGUGCUACGGUGCCAACGACAUCCCUGCUGUCUACAACGCAGUGCUGCUGGGCUACGUUGGCAUGUUCAUAGCCUUUGCCGCAGUUGCGGUGCUGCUGGGCGACGUGACUGCACUCGUCGUGGCGUACGCGCUGGCGACGCUCUUCUUGAGGGCCACCACCGGGCUGCUCGGCGCGAGCCAGGCGCUCCGGGAGCGGUACGAUGCCGAGGUGUCGUCGUGGACCGGGGACCUCAACAGCGACGUCGUGCAGCGCCUCUUCCAGAAUCCGGGCCCCCUGGUCUGGGUGACGCAGGAGGAGCUCCGCGCCAUCUGCCGCCCCUCGGAGGACGUGCGGGCGCUCGGCUGGCCGAGCCUGCUGGACUGCAUCCGGCGGGAUGAGCUGCCCAUCUCGAACGACUCCUUCAAGAUCCUCCGGCACGGCCACGGGAAGACGCUGCUGGUGCCCUGCGGGCGGACGCGGCCCUUUGCCUCCGUCCGGAAGCGCUUUCUGCUCCAGAGCAUCUACGUGGCCGACCGCAACCUCACCUGCAAGCUGGACAAGAACGAGGGCAUAGUGAUUGACAGGGACGACAUUCGUAAAGACGGCGAGUCGCUUCUUUUUGAGCAGGAAAAGGUCGGCGAAGAGUCUGAGAAGAAGCUGCUAGGGAAUGCAUGAAACAAUUCAUCAACUCGUGAAGAGUGGAUAAUCAUAUCAUUACGCUUGUGUCGGCCAAUUUCUCGACGAAGUAUCGGCCGUUUUUUCUACAGUAUAUCUUGCCGCAUGCAUCUGCGCGCGAGAAUGAACCGUAACUCUGCUGGUGAUCCGAUGUGUUAAAACCAAGAACUCGAGGGUUUCCAGCCCCUCUGGUGCCUGGAUCAGGCCGAUAGCGGCACGCUCCCCCCGAUCACG